CGCUCCCGCAUAGGAGCCUCAUCGUUCUAUACUCGCAGCCAUCUCGUGAGGGGAACGCGCACCAGCGACGCCAUCUUAACAGACGGGACAACAACAUCCAUCAUAAUACGAGGCCGAGCGGUGGCUGUGCUGAGCCUGGUUGUCCAAUGAGUACCGGGGGAGGGCUGCGCUGUGACGGGGAGCUGAGCUACAACACUGCAGUCCCGGGCUAAUGCGACUAGGAGACGAAGGCAUUGAGCGACCACACUUGUGCUGCGAACCACCUCACCGGACCCACCAUACAGGAUGAAAAGAGGAAGAAUGGCCAGUGAUACCAGCAUUGGUUUAUCAGUAGGAGAACUGGGGGAAUUGUCAAAGAGACCUAAAAGUUCAGGAGAUAAAACAACAAAGAUGUCAUCACAUGACUGGGGAAAUCUACUCCCAGAUAUAAUACUACAGAUUUUUCAGUAUUUGCCACUUUUGGACCGCGCACAUGCAUCACAAGUGUGCAGGAACUGGAACCAUGUUUUUCACAUGCCUGACCUGUGGCGCUGUUUUGAAUUUGAACUUAAUCAACCAGCUACUUCCUACCUAAAGGCAACACAUCCUGAUCUGAUCAAACAGAUUAUAAAAAGACAUUCAAAUCACCUGCAGUAUGUCAGCUUUAAGGUGGAUAGCAGCAAGGAAUCCGCAGAAGCUGCAUGCGAUAUUCUUUCGCAGCUGGUAAAUUGCUCCCUAAAAACUCUUGGACUUAUUUCAACUGCAAGACCAAGCUUUAUGGAUCUUCCAAAGUCGCAUUUCAUAUCUGCACUUACUGUUGUGUUUGUUAAUUCAAAAUCCCUCUCCUCACUUAAAAUUGAUGACACUCCAGUUGACGAUCCAUCUCUAAAAGUGCUAGUGGCAAAUAACAGCGACACAUUGAAACUUCUGAAGAUGAGCAGUUGCCCACAUGUUUCUCCUGCAGGAAUCUUGUGUGUAGCUGACCAGUGUCAUGGAUUGCGAGAGUUGGCAUUGAACUAUUAUUUACUGAGUGAUGAGCUCCUCCUGGCACUGUCUUCAGAAAAGCAUGUUCGUCUGGAGCACUUGCGUAUUGAUGCUGUCAGUGAAAACCCAGGACAAACGCACUUUCAUACCAUUCAGAAAAGCAGCUGGGAUGCUUUAAUAAAGCACUCUCCAAAGGUGAACUUAGUCAUGUACUUUUUCCUUUAUGAAGAAGAGUUUGAUCCCUUUUUCCGUUACGAAACACCAGUUACACAUCUGUACUUUGGAAGAUCGGUAAGCAAGGAAGUGCUUGGCCGUGUUGGCAUGACAUGUCCCCGAUUAGUGGAGCUUGUCGUGUGUGCCAAUGGACUUCGUCCACUUGAUGAAGAACUGAUCCGCAUUGCAGAGCGAUGCAAGAGCCUGACGGCCAUUGGACUUGGUGAAUGUGAAGUUUCUUGCUCUGCUUUUGUAGAGUUUGUUAAAAUGUGUGGUGGCCGUUUGUCUCAACUUUCCAUAAUGGAGGAAGUAUUAAUCCCUGACCAGAAGUAUAAUCCGGAGCAAAUUCAUUGGGAAGUAUCCAAGCAUCUUGGCAGAGUCUGGUUUCCAGAUAUGAUGCCUACUUGGUAGGAUGUGAACACGCUUCAUUUCCAGUGGGUUUAUGAAAGAGCACCUUAAAUCUUCAAUAUAUUGCAUGGCAAGCUAAUAAACGCUUCUAACAGUU